AUGUGCAAAUGGGAAGAGAUAAAGAAUUACUGGAUCUGCACGUAUUCUCUAGGGUCCCCUGUGUCUGUAUACCUUGUGUGGCACACGACUACGGCCCGACUACGGAGUACUCUGUACGAGAGGGAGGGACACAACAACCACAUUUUCCUUUGCCAAGAUGUUGAAGGCCAAGAAGGGCGGAGAAUCAAAAAUGAAACAAAGGGAAACCGGGUGGCCGGCGGAACGGCAUUACAAGCCGGCGUACCUCAAUCAUUGCACCCGAGGCAAGCAUAUGUUGACUCCGCCCCCGUUUACUCCAUAUGGAGAGAAGUCUUCACACUCAAAGUCGCCCUGCCAAGCAACUUCAAUAAUAGUUUGCCAAACUACGAUCUGUACAGUAUGUUUGCGCGUUCCUAUUCUUGGCGUUUAACUCCCUGCGCGCUCCCGCACAAUAGCCAGCACAGCAAAAGUAUGGGUAUACAGAGGAGCAGGGGAUAAUGGACGUGAGGACUGGAGGACCCAAGGACGCCGCCCCCCCGUGAGAGACCACACAUUGCAGGUGGUGUGAUACCACGACACCCCAAUCAUCAUCAUCAUCAUGAUCAUCAUCACCUUAUCAUCCCCCUUUUCAUGGGAGAUAGUUACCAGCAAACUAUUCACGCCAAGACCCCAAAAUUUAAAUACCGACGCCCCAGCCAACCCGCCAAGCAAGCCACCCAGCUCCCGAAAGUUUGAAACCGAUGGGAUCUGCAGAUCUCAUCCCAGGAUUAAUUAGUUGCAGUCUGUAGAAUUUCGGCCGAGCCGGGCGGCCCCGAUUACGCGCCAAGGGGGGCUUGGACGUUGGAGAAGGCCCCGGCCCGGUGGGGGGGGAAUGUGCUGUUGUUUUGUGUGUGUGUGUGUGUGUGUGUGGGUGUUCACCGCUGCUCAGAUUGAUGAAAAAUUGCUGAUGAGACUGUGACGGAGUGAGUUAGGUAUUAUUAUGUAUGUAGGUAGGUAGGCACAGCUGCGCCUUGGGAAAUUGCGGAGUCUGGUUUUGCGUUAGCAUGCCUCUUUUCUCUGUCUUCAUCUUUCUCAAAAUAUAAAAGUACGGUACCCGAGCCACCAUUGCGAAUAUAUAUAUUAGUAUCAAUGUAUUAGGUAACAGAGGGAAUAGUUAGAAAGGACAAGACAAGGGGGAAAGAAACUAGGAGCUGGUCUCAGAGAGACAACUGUGUGAACAAGAGGAGGGAAAGGGAAAACCACAAGAGAGAUGGGGGGUAAAGUGUAAGAACGCUCCAAGCAAGCAAAAUACACUCGUUGGUAAAUAGUGUCUUCGCUGUUAAACUAA